AUGGCUUAUUCUACAUUUCGGUUUCUUGUGCCAUUAGUCAUGGUGGUGAUGUUGGUGGUGAUAGCGGAGGCAACACCGCCAGGGAUUGCUAAUAAUCCGAGCCAUGCAACAUGCAAGAUUAAAAAGUAUAAACAUUGUUAUAAUUUGGAACAUGUUUGUCCCAAAUUUUGCCCUAAUCAAUGUUAUGUUGAAUGUGCCUCUUGUAAGCCUAUUUGUGGUAGUGGUGAUGCCAAUCCUCCACCGGAGGAUACUCCCACUCCGGCCACCCCCUCUGUGUCAUCUCCUCCAUCGAAUACUUAUUAUUCACCUCCGCCUCCGGUGGCGGUAACUCCAAGCCCUCCUGCUUCAAACCCCACUCCCUCGUAUUCUCCUCCAUUGCCUUCACCAAGUCCGACAACUCCUUCUCCUUCUCCUCCAACUCCGUCAUCUCCACCACCUCCGGUGAACCACCCUCCAUCACCACCACCUCCAACUAAUACCAACCCUCCAUCGACACCUCCAGCAAAUUCGACCCCUCCGACUACUUCGUCGCCUCCUCCCGUUACUCCAUCACCACCUCCGACAACCACUCCUACAAAUCCCAAUCCUCCGACAUCGCCUUCAGCAAACUACCCUUCAUCACCACCGCCUCCAACAAAUACCAACCCUCCUUCGACACCGCCAUCAGACCCUACCCCUCCAGAAAAUCCAAACCCUCCAUCAAACCCUAACCCUCCAUCAACACCUCCAACAAAUCCUAAUCCUCCGACACCACCCACUCCAAAUUCUCCAUCACCGGCACCACCAUCCAAAACUCCCAACUCCCCAUCGACUAACACUCCCCCGUUGGCUCCUCAAACACCAUCUCCUCCACCUUCUUCACCAUCAGCUCCAACUCCACCAUCUUCGUCCUCGGCCGGCGCAGCAAAGAGAGUGAGAUGCAAAAAUGUGAAUUAUCCUCAAUGUUAUAACAUGAUUCACACUUGUCCUAGCACUUGCCCUAAUGGAUGUGAAGUUGAUUGUGUUACUUGCAAACCCGUUUGUCAUUGCGACAGACCAGGAGCAGUAUGCCAAGACCCACGUUUCGUCGGUGGCGACGGCGUAACCUUCUACUUCCACGGCAAAAAGGACAAAGAUUUCUGUCUAGUUUCUGAUCCCAACCUCCACAUCAACGCGCAUUUCAUCGGAAAACGAAACCCUUCCUUAAAACGUGACUUCACUUGGGUCCAAUCCCUAGCUAUCCUCUUCCACACUCACCGCCUCAUCAUUGCUGCCCAAAAGACCGACGUUUGGGACGAUUCCAUUGACCGCCUCACUAUUUCCCUUGACGACCACCCGAUCAUCCUUCCAACAUCUGAAGGCAGCCAAUCACGCCACCCUGCCGAAAAUCCCACGGUGGUCAUCAUUCGACUAGCAGCGACGAACCACGUGAUUGUGGAAGCCAAAGGGCUGUUUAGAAUCACAGCCAAGGUAGUGCCAAUAACAAUAGAGGACUCGAGAAUUCAUAACUAUGGGAUUGAGGAAGGGGAUUCAUUUGCUCAUUUGGAUGUAGGGUUUAAGUUUUAUGGGUUGAGUGAGGAAGUUAAUGGGGUUUUGGGGCAGACUUAUGGGGCUGAGUAUGUGAGUAGUGUUAAUGUAAAGGCAGCUAUGGCAGUCAUGGGGAGGGCGGAGGAGUUUGAAACUUCUAGCUUGUUUGCGGCGGAUUGUGCUGUCUCUAAAUUUCGUGAUAGCGGCCGCAUUGGCGACGGAGAUGAAAUUAUAUGA